AUGUGGGCCCCAUUAGCAUACACCAGACCGGAAUCUCAAAGAACUGACUUGACGUCGCUGUUCUCAGCCGACCGAGAGCAAAACCCAUUGAACGACUAUCAGUACCAGAUCAACAUCCGGGAGUUGGAGGAUUACUAUAACAAAACCAUCUUAAACGAAGACAACAUUCAAGAAACAGGCAGCGAGAUUUCUUCUGCAGUAUCAUUCUCCCCAUCCAAACAGAAAGAUGCCAUUCAACCAGGGCUGCUAUAUGAUCCGCAGUUGAUAAACCCGUUUCUCCCAUCAGCCGAUCUGAAUAGUAGCAUCCCCACCGCUUUUAAAAAGAAGCUGGAGGUGCAGAUAAAUCCAGAUUAUGUUCCCAAAUCUUCGCAAUUGCCAUUGACUUUUCAGAAUUUAGAGCAGCUGUCCCAACAAAAGCUCAAAAAUGAUGUACCUUCUUCUCCACGGAAGGAAUCUCCCGCUCAGCCUAAAGCGAAAAGCCAGCUGCAGGAAACUCCCAAGCAGCUUUACAAAACGGAACUAUGCGAAUCGUUUACUUUGAAGGGAACUUGCCCUUACGGAAGCAAAUGCCAGUUUGCCCACGGUCUAAAUGAAUUGAAAGUCAAGAAAUCAUGCAAGAAUUUCAGAACGAAGCCCUGUGUGAAUUGGGAGAAGCUGGGUUAUUGUCCCUACGGCCGAAGAUGCUGCUUCAAGCACGGCGAUGACAACGAUAUUGCUGUUUACGUAAAAGCUGGCACUUAUUGUGGCGUCCCCGCUGGCAACAAGCCAUCUGAUCAAAAGAGAAGCAAUGGUCGUGGGAACGAUCACUGUUAUACCAAAAGGAAGAACCUAAAUGUUAAAGUGAAAGCUCUACAGAGAAUGACCUGGUGA